AUGGCACCGCAUGCGCCCUUCAAAGAGGUCGAAGCCUCUCGCCCCCCCUGGGACUCCUCUGCGCACCCACACUACACACAAACCAUCAACCCGGGGUACACCAUCGGCUCCGGCGCGUACGGCGAACCCAACACAUCAAACCACAUCAGCAUCGACCCAAACGCCGACUCGCGCGGGUUUCUGGCCAACUACAAACUGCUCAUCAGCGCCAUUGUUCCGCGGCCUAUUGGCUUCAUCUCGACGCGCUCCGGCGACGGCUCAUCAACAAAUGUGAGCCCGUUCAGCUUCUUCCAAAUCAUCGCGGCCGAUCCGCCCAUCUUUGUGUUUGGCGUCAACGGACCCAAAGUCGGCUCGCCGGGGACGCGCAAGGACACGCUGACGAACCUGCUCGAGACGGGCGAGUGUGUGAUAAACAUCAUAUCGGAGGAUUAUAUCGACGCGGCGAAUAUGGCAUGCAUCGAUGCGCCGUAUGGAGUCAGCGAGUUUGACGUCUCGGGUCUGACGCGCGGCGAAGAUACGAAGCAAGUGCGCGUGCCGCGUGUGAAAGAAGCGGUGUUUUCGAUCGAGGCGAAAGUGGUUGAGAAGCGCGAUUUCACGUCAAAACGCGAUCCGAGCAAAGUCACUGCGACAAUGUUUACUGUCGAAGGAGUGCAGUUUUGGGCGCGCGAGGAUGCGCUCGAUGAAGAGAGAGGGGUGCUUGAAAUAGAAAAGUUGAGGCCUGUUAGUCGUCUGGGUGGUAUUAGCUAUGGUCGUGUUACCGAUAUAUUUGAGCUGCCCAGGCUAUCUUGGGAAACAGAUCUGAGUGCAGAGGAGAAACAGCUGAUUGCCGACAGGGCCAAGGAGAAUGCUGCGAAAUAA